AUGUCAAUUCUUAAGAAUAAACUUGUUGCUGUAGUUGAGGAAAACAGAAACAUUAGAACUACCUUUGAUGCCCAAAAUAAAGCAGUAGAGAACCUUAGGACGCAACUAUUUGAGACGCAAAAAAGGAUCGAAGACAAGCUGGAAAAACAAGAUAAAAGCUUGGAUAAUAAAAUUAAUCCAAAGUCAUUAAAUGAAAUCCAAAAUUUAAAUUUUACAUUCUAUGAAGAAUUUAAUAAGAUUGAGCAAAAAUACGCCAGAAAUAAAAAUCAGCACUUCGAACAUGACGCAGCCAUGUCAGUCAUUAAAAUGAAUAGAAACUUGUUCAUCUUGAUGAUGGUGUUAUCCCUAACCACAUAUUUAUGUAGCAUUACGCUGAUGUGCUAUGCAUUUAAGAAAAUUAGUCAACACGAAGAAGUUAAAGCUGAGGAAGUGGAACUGCCUGAUUUAUAUGUUGAAGUUCAAUAA